ACAUAUUGGCACCGCUGUUUAGCAGAAACGUGGCCCUACAGCGCUGGCAUUUGACGAAGCCUCUUACAGCAAGUACUGUUGUUUCUCUCUCGUGGCGGAAGCAGACCAGAAUCUUCUAGAGAGUUCUUGAAGCAUAUGCAAAGGAGUCGCUGUCAACUUUCAUGCGCCAUUUCUCCUACAAACACUCUCGAGCAAAGGAGUGUCUGGACAGUGUAUUAAUUACGAAAGAGAAAUAUUGGUCUACAGGCAGAAAGAUUACGUGAUUCCCAUUGUACUUUUCUGAGUUCGGAAACAUAGAAUUAAUUGCAAUAACACCAGCGAUGUCUUAACGUCAGUGAGGACCAGAAAUUCUCCCAAAAACGUGUUCUUCUCCCCUUCUCCUCCCCUUGAAAAUUAAAGACUAGUGACCUCUGACCUCUGACCUGGCAAGAUGGUGAAGGAAACGACCUACUACGACCGGCUCGGGGUCACGCCACACGCCUCGCAGGAGGAACUCAAGCGCUCCUACAGGAAGCUCGCGCUCAAGUACCACCCCGACAAGAACCCUCAAGGUGCCGAGAAGUUCAAGCAGAUUUCGCAGGCGUACGAGGUGCUCGCCGACCCCAAGAAGAGGAAGAUCUACGACGAAGGGGGCGAGGAGGCGCUCAAGAGCCGUGGCGCCGGCGGGGGCUUCCGAAAUCCGAUGGACAUCUUCAACAUGUUCUUCGGGGGUGGCAUGAGCGAAGACAUGGACGAAGACGAAGACGGAGACGAUGAUUUCUCGGGCAUAUUCGGAGGCGGCGGCGGAGGAGGUGGGCGUGGCCGAAGCAACAAGCCUCCGCCCACCGAACACCGCCUCCCAGUCAACCUCGAACAGCUCAUGCUUGGCACGACGAGGAAGUUGAAGUUGGACAGGAAGCGGCCCUGCGCGGCUUGCGACGGCCGAGGGGGGAAGUUCGGCGGAGAAACGGAGACCUGCGUCACGUGUCACGGCAAGGGAGUCAAGCUCACGUACCAGCAGCUCGGACCCGGAAUGGUCGAGAUGCACACCAACUGCCCGACGUGCAACGCAACAGGCAGAAUGAUUGCAACAAAGGAUCGAUGUUCUGUGUGCGAGGGACUCCGGACUGUGCAAGAUACUAAGAUCGUUCCGGUGGAUAUCGAGCGAGGGAUGCACCACGGCACUAAGAUCUUCCUGAGGGGAGAAGGAGACCAAGACGCAGGACAGGAAGCAGGCGACGUUAUCAUUAUCCUGCAGGAGAAGCCACACGACAUUUUCAAGAGGAAGGGACUCGAUUUGUACACGGAUAUGAAGAUAAACCUGGUGGAGGCCCUGUGUGGGUUCCGGCGCACCCUGACUACCCUGGACGGACGCACGCUGGUGGUGGCUCACCCUCAGGGCAAAGUGAUCGACCCGGAUGAUGAGAAGGUGAUUGUCGAGGAAGGAUUCCCGCUCUUUAGGAAUCCUUACGUGCGGGGAGACCUUUAUAUCAAGUUCAAGGUGGAGUUCCCCGACGCGGUAGACAACAACUUCAUCGCCGAGUUCGAAGCCCUUUUCCCCCGAGGACCGGCCGAGGAGCUCACAGGGGAGGAGGAGACCGUCACCAUGACCCCUUACGUCGAGGAGAAGGGACAGAGAGAACGCGAGAGGGACAUAUACCACGAGGACGAGAGAAUGGAGACAGAUGACCAGCCGGCGGGUUGUAGACAGUCUUAGUGUUUUGUAUUUAUUUAUUUAUUUUUUUUUAUUUAUAUUUAGUUUUUAUUUCUCGGAUUUGAAGUCGUCCAAACAAGGCCGUUGGCUGGUUCUUCAUACGGUUUUUCGCGUUGG